AACGCCCCCUUUGCCCAGGCCCCGCCCCUGGGCGCUCUAGCUUCCGCUCUUCUCGUUGGUUCGUGUCGGAACGACAGAAGCUGGGAGCAGAAAAAGGGGCGGCCGGGGGUGAGCCGGCCGUGCGGUAGCCAGGCUCCGGCCUCCUACUCGCCGCUCUCUUGGGGCCGCGCAGCUGGGCCGUCCCUGAUAUUCUGUGCCGUCGCUCCCUCGGGGCCAGGUUCCGAAGACAACGCCUCCCCGAACACAGGGACCAGGCCGAGUGGGCCUACGCGCGCCCCACAUCCCUUUCCCCCAUGCUCGGCGCCCCUACGUGGGUUCCAAGGCCCUAAGGCUCACGUCCACCCAGCCCAAGUCCCCCAUCGCUUUCUCUUUUCUCGGCCAAAUUGGGUUUUUCUUUCCCACAGUUGUGUCCAGUGGCCUCAGAGCUCCGGAAAGUUUCGUAUGAGUCUACCCUAACAUUAAGAAAUGGGUCUCUAGAAACUGGGAGUCCUGGAGAUCAGACAUUAGGGCUCCAAGUCAAGCUUCUGCGUUCUUAUUCUGCAAAGUUGAGGGGCCCCUUCUUAUCUCCUGAAACUACCACCUGAGGUGCCAUGGCACCCAAGCUAUGGGCUGAGUGGAGCAUGGCCCUGUCCCACCUGGCACUGGGAAUGGUGUCUCUGCAUGCAGCCGUGAAGACUGCCCAGGCAAGUCGAGGGGCUGCUGCUGGCUUCCUGCUCCAGGCCUUGGCUGCUGCCACCGUGCUGGCCCCAGGGCUGGACACAGAUGAAGACUGUCUUGCUGGAGCCUGGGUGGCCACCGUCAUUGGCCUGCCCCUUCUGGCCUUCGAUUUCCACUGGGUGAAUGGGGACCGCUCCUCUGCCAACCUGCUCCUGGGAGGAGGCAUGGUGCUGGCAGUGGCUGGUGGCCACCUUGGCGCUGAGGGCCGUGCUGUGGCUGCUCAGGCUGUGGUGCUGGUGGUGGCAGUGACCAUCCUCAUUGUGGCUGUUUUCACGACCAACACUUAUGGAAUGUGGGGGGGCCUGAUGCUGGGUGCUGCAGGGCUCCUGAGCCGGUUGGAGGAGGACAGACUGCUGCUGCUGCCGAAGGAGGACGUCUGUCGCUGGGUCCUGGCUGCAGGCAAUUGGGCCUACCAUCGGGCCUUGCACUCACAGCGCGUGCAGUGGGAGUGAUUGUUGGAGAUAACAAGCAGGGCCUCUGCCCUGGCCACCACCUUCCCUUCCACGGGCCUUCUCCUGGGGCCUCCUUCCCAAGUGUGUUUGCUUCAGGAUGACUGGUCAGGGGCAGAGUCUGGACACUGCCCCUCCUCUUGCAGAGUGUGGGGACCUGCCUAGACCAGAAUGAAGGGAACAGGGUCCAGGCAGGUUUUGGGGCCUGAUUCUGGGUAGGCCAUGGUUGUGGAUCCAGAAAGAGGCUUGGUCUCUAAUAAAUCUUAGGGAUUCA